AAAAUGGUCUUCGAGUCGUUGGUCGUCGACGUGUUGAACCGGUUGCUGGGGGACUAUGUGGUGAACCUGGACAAGUCUCAGCUCUCUCUGGGCAUUUGGAAAGGAGCUGUGGCCCUGAAGAAUCUUCAAAUUAAAGAAAAUGCAUUGAGUGAACUGGAUGUACCAUUCAAAGUUAAGGUUGGUCAUAUAGGUAGUCUUAAACUUAAAAUUCCAUGGAAGUACCUUUAUACUCAACCAGUUGAAGCUGUUUUGGAAGAAAUCUAUUUACUCAUAGUGCCUUCUUCUAGAAUAAAAUAUGAUCCUAUCAAAGAAGAAAAGCAUCUCAUGGAAGCAAAGCAACAGGAACUAAAAAGAAUAGAAGAAGCAAAACAGAAAGUAGUUGAUCAAGAAAAUCCUCCAGAGGAGAAACAGGACACUUUCACAGAAAAAUUAAUUACUCAAAUCAUAAAAAACCUUCAAGUGAAAAUUUCCAAUAUCCAUGUUCGUUAUGAAGAUGAUAUCACAAAUCAAGGCAAACCACUCUCAUUUGGUAUAUCCCUUCAAAAUCUCAGCAUGCAGACAGCUGAUCAAAAUUGGAUUCCAUGUUUACAUGAUGAAACUAUGAAACUAGUUCGGAAGGUAAAAUAAAUUCUAACCCAUAAA